CGGGUGCGUCUCAGCAACCUCCUUCUCACAGCAACCUCCUCUCCGGUGCAGCCAGCCUCAACAAUGAGCUCCUUCUCCAGAACCGGUGGCAUGUCCAGUGCCUAUUCCGUGCGCUCCUUUGGGAUGGGAGGAAUGGGUGGCGGACUGGGUGGCGGACUGGGUGGAACCAAGAUGCAAAGGUCAUAUGCUUCGAGUGUGCAUGGUGGCGCAGGUGGCUCAAGAAUCUCCAUUUCUUCUGGAGGUUUCGGAGCUGGAGGAGGCGCAGGUAGUGGUUAUGGCUUUGGAGCUGGAGGAGGCGCAGGUAGUGGUUAUGGCUUCGGUUCUGGUGGUUGUGUGGACAUCAAUGUUAGUGUCAACGAAAAAGCCACCAUGCAGAACCUGAAUGACCGUCUGGCCUCCUACCUGGAGAAGGUGCGCAGUCUUGAGACGGCCAAUGCCGAGCUGGAGCUCAAGAUCAAGCAGUUCUUGGAGUCUAAGACUGCCCCUUCUGCCCGUGACUACUCAGCUUAUGAAGCCACCAUUGCUGACCUGCAGGGGAAGAUCCAAGAUGCUGUUCGUGUCAACGGAGGCAUCUUGCUGGCAAACGAGAAUGCAAAACUGGCAGCAGAUGAUUUCAGACUCAAGUACGAGAACGAGCUUGGCAUGCGUACAUCAGUAGAGGCAGACAUCGCUGACCUGAAGAGACUGCUGGAUCAGCUGACACUAGCCAGAUCAGACCUGGAGAUGCAGAUAGAAGGACUCAAGGAGGAGCUCAUUUACCUUAAGAAGAACCAUGAGGAGGAACUGGCAGCCAUGAAGAGUCAAAUGACCGGGAACAUUAACGUAGAGGUGGAUGCAAAGCCUCAAGAAGACCUGAGCUCCAUUAUGGCUGAGAUCCGUGAGCAGUACGAAGGUGUGGCCGCCAAGAACCAGAGAGACCUUCAAUCCUGGUUUGAUUCCAAGACAGAAACACUCAACAAGGAGGUGGCAGCCAGUACAGAAAGUAUACAAACAAGCAAAAGCGAAAUCUCAGAACUCCGUCGCACACUGCAGGGCCUGGAGAUUGCGCUACAGUCACAACUGAGCAUGAAAGCAGCUCUGGAAGGCACUUUGGCUGAAACAGAGUCCCGAUAUGCCAUGAAGCUGCAAAGCCUCCAGGUGCAGGUCACAAGCAUUGAGGAACAGCUGAUGCAGGUGCGUGCUGACACUGAACGCCAGAGUCAAGAGUACAGGAUGCUCCUGGACAUCAAGACACGACUGGAGAUGGAGAUUGCACAGUACAGGAGGCUGCUGGAUGGAGAGGGCAGUGUUGGCACCUUAGGAACCACCUCCACCACUACUAAAAAGGUGAUUGUGGUCACAGAGGAGCUGAAGGACGGCAAGGUGGUGUCCUCCUCCUCCACCACCUCCUAACCUGCUUCACACAGCAAACACAAGACCAGAGGCCACAAGAUCACUAUCUUCAAAUACAAAUGGGAACAUAAUAAAAGGCUUUCAGUUUGCUGACUA